AUGAAUAUAUUGAUACCUGUCUUCAUAACCACGAUGCUUCUGCAAUGCGCAUCACCAGCCCCAUCAGAACUCUACCAGUUCGAGCUCUCAAUGCUGAACAAGCUCCACAAACCAUGGUUUACCACAGAAAAGCCGCCACAGUUCCCAAGGAAGGGAGAAUAUCCUUGCAAAGGGCGUGUCUGUAAAACCAAGAUUAAAUGCGAAGAUUGUCAAUACGCAAAACCUCUGAAAUUUUGA